GGGGGCUCGUGGCUCCUCCAGGGUCUGCUCACAACCAUCUACUGGUCCGGUAGAACGUCCUUGUAGCUGAGAGGGGGAGACGGCUUCUUGUUUGUCUGGAUGGAACCACGAUGAACCGCGAGGAGCGUCGCUGCGAUGGAGAAGCCUCAGGGUCUGCAGCCAGAGGGGAAGUGGACUUCCUGCCGGUUCCUCAGCUGAUCCAGAUCAGCAACAUCACCUGUGAUUCGUUCAACAUCAGCUGGGACAUGGAGGGGGGGGACAUGGAGGGGAUCACCCACUACUUCAUUGACCUCAACAAGAAGGAGAACAGGAGCUGCAACAAGUUCAAACACAAGGACGUGCCGACGAAGCUGGUGGCGAAGGCGGUUCCCCUGCCGAUGACGGUGAGAGGCCAUUGGUUCCUCAGUCCUCGCACAGAAUACACCGUCUCUGCCCAGACCGCCGCCAAGCAGCAGGACGGGGACUACGCCGUCUCUGAGUGGAGCGAGAUCGUGGAGUUCUGCACCGCAGAUUACUCCACCUUACAGCUGAACCAGCUGCUGCAGAAAGCAGAAGCGAUUGCCGGCCGGAUGCUCCCGUUUACCCUCUUCUACAGAAACCAUCAGAAGGACUACUUCUACCAGGCCAGCACGUCUUAUGGCUCCAGGGACGCUCAGUGCUGCCGCAUGCUGCCGGCGGUCAAAGACCACAGCGGCAGCCACGGCUCGCCCAUCAGCGGGAAGCUGGAGGGGAUUUUCUUCAGCUGCAACACGGAGUUCAACACCGGGAAGCCCCCCCAGGACUCCCCCUACGGACCCCACCGCUUCCAGAUACGAGCGGAUCUCCUCUUCGACCAGAACACCAACGUCUACUUUGGUGAUUUCUACUGCAUGUACACAUCCUACCACUACGUGGUCCUGGUCCUGGCCCCUGAGGGCUCCUCUGGAAACGCCUUCUGCAAGGGACGGCUCCCGGCGCUGCGCCCAUCCGACAACCGCUUCCUGAGGCGCGUGGUGGGGGCUGACGGCUCGCUGUCCUUUCUCCAUGCCCAGGACGUCCUACUGGAGGUGGUCUACACAGAUCCGGUGGACCUGUCCUCAGGGGCGGUGGAGCCGAUCAGCGGUCAGCAGCUCACCAGCCAGUCCACCCUCAACGCCAAGAAGGACCCCAGCUGCAAGGUGUGCAACAUCAGCGUAGGGCGCUAGCUGGACCCCCGCUAGCUAUAGGCUAGCCCUUAGCUAGCCGUAACGAAAUUAAAAUAAUAAAAUAAAACACUUCGUGGAAUCUGUAGUUUUAGGGCGUUUUUUUUAAUCUUACUUCUUAGUGGUUUCACAUUAAAAAAAAAUUUAACGUAAUGAACAUGAAUAGUGAUUCAUUACUACUUAUCUGAAUUUAUUCAUGUUAUCUUCAGUCUCUGGUGAAAAUGCUCUCACCACAUGCCACAAAAAUAACAAAUGCAUAGAAUAAAGACAAUGAAAUGUUGGAUAUUUAAUAAUCUGAUUAUUUAGAGGAGGGGUGUCGAACAUACGGCCCGCAGGUCGGUCACCAACGCAUCCCUUCCAUCAGAACAAAUCCCACCAAGCAUGCGCGAUCGACCGCAGAAGCUAACAGAAAACGUAAUGCUAAUUAGUGAUCAACCACUGAGGACCACCGAGUCAUUGAUGCCUUCAUGGCCUCAGGGUAGGACCACCAAGUCAGUGAUGCCUUCAGGGCCUCAGGGUAGGACCACCAAGUCAGUGAUGCCUUCAGGGUAGGACCUCAGGGUAGGACCACCAAGUCAGUGAUGCCUUCAGGGCCUCAGGGUAGGACCACCAAGUCAGUGAUGCCUUCAGGGCCUCAGGGUAGGACCACCGAGUCAGUGAUUUAUGUGUUAAUCUUAGUAGUCCAUCUACAAUUUAGAGUGUUUUUUACUUCAUAUCACUUUUGUAUCAACUAAUACCACUAGCAUUAAUAUUAAUACUUAAUAUAGUGGUUGACCCAGAUGCUGCAGACCUGUGGCUGGGAAGGAGCACACGAUCGACCUCCAGUCAGAGGGUUGGCGGUUCGAUCCCAGGUCCUGCUGAGCGCGUCGAUGUGUCCUUGGGCAAGACAUCACAUGUAGAAUACCAUUUAUUAAAUGUAGAGAAAUAACCUUCA